UCUAUGGAAGUGAUUCCUUGUUCCACCAUUGCGUUAGCGGCUUUUAUGCGUAUUUUACUUUUUAAAUGUGCAUCAAAUACGGUUUCUUCUGAUAGUCCUUAUGGCCUAUAUAAUACGGUUAAAGACG